GAGGCCCGAGUUUGAGUGGCAAGUUGUUUGUUAGACUGUAACACCAGCUGCUUUCUGCACUCGGGAGCUGCGCGGCUCCUCUGCCCCUCAACUCCUCCUGCUGCGGCUCCGAUCCUCGACUCGCUCUUUCUCUCCGCCGCCCGCGGCCGGGGCAGCCCGAGCAACUUCGGGGCGCUGCCUCGGCCUCUCUCCCCAGCCGCUGGGCUUCUCCCCGCUUGCCCCCCGGCCCCGGGAGCCGCACCGAAGCCCCCCCUCCACUCAGCCCCGCCGCCGGCGCCCCGCGGGGGGGAGGGGGGGCGCCGCCGAAGGGAGUGAGCCCCCAGUCCGCCCCUCGGAUGAACUAACUCCCAAUGAGAAAGAGGAGAAGAUGGAGCUGCACAUCCUAGAGCACCGGUUGAGAGUGGCCAGCAUAGCGAAGGAGAGCGUGCCUCUGUUUACCUACGGGCUCAUCAAACUCGCCUUCCUGUCGUCUAAGACCAGGUGCAAGUUCUUCAGCCUGACCGAGACGCCGGAGGACUACACCAUCAUCGUGGACGAGGAGGGCUUCCUGGAGCUGCCAUCCUCAGAGCAAUUGAGCGUGGCUGAUGCAACAUGGCUAGCCUUGAAUGUGGUGUCUGGUGGAGGAAGUUUCUCUAGCUCCCAGCCUAUCGGUGUGACCAAGAUUGCAAAGUCGGUCAUCGCCCCUCUGGCAGACCAGAACAUCUCGGUGUUCAUGCUUUCUACCUACCAAACGGACUUCAUCUUGGUACGUGAGCGGGACCUGCCCUUUGUCACACACACCUUGGCGGCCGAGUUCACCAUACUUCGAGUCGUCAAUGGGGAGACAGUAGCAGCCGACAACCUGAGCAUUACCAACGGCUUUGUGAAACCCAAGAUGGUUCAGAGGCCAGUCAUUCACCCUCUUUCCAGCCCCAGUAACAUGUUUUGUGUCACCAGCCUGGACCCCGACACACUCCCCACCGUGGCCACACUCCUGAUGGAUGUUAUGUUUUACUCCAAUGGAGUGAAGGAGUCCGUGGUAGGCAAUGAGGACUGUGGCCACAUUCGUUUCUUCUCCUUCUCCCUGAUUGAGGGCUACAUCUCCCUAGUGAUGGAUGUCCAGACCCAGCAGAGGUUUCCGAAUAAUUUGUUGUUCACAAGUGCAUCUGGAGAGCUCUGGAAGAUGGUACGGAUCGGAGGGCAGCCCCUUGGGUUUGAUGAAUGCGGGAUCGUCGCCCAGAUCUCAGAACCUUUGGCAGCAGCGGACAUCCCUGCCUACUACAUCAGUACUUUUAAGUUCGACCACGCGCUGGUCCCCGAAGAGAACAUCAAGGGUGUCAUCAAUGCCUUGAAAGUCAGUCAAGCAGAGAAGCAUUAGAAGAGCCCUUUCCUCCCCGUUCUCCCCAGCUUCCCCUCUCCCCCGUGUCCCCUGCCCUCACCCCCAAACAUUCUUGCAGUAUUUCUUAACAAACCAGAAAAUGGUCCAUAGAGGCCACCAUGGACAGAGCCAGCAAGGAAGGGCUCUCAAAGGAGCCGCCAUAGCCUAGCGUUGGGGCUCGGAGUGCUGAGGUGGAGCCGGAAGUGAAGUGGGUUUUGUGUGUGCGCGUGCGUGUGGACACCUACAGCCCCCCUGGCUUCUCUGGAACUCAAAGCCUCCUGGCAUGGGCAGGCGGGGGGCCCCGGACGAGCCGCUCGCCAGGGCUCCUAUGAAGGACGAGAGACGCGCGGGCACCCAGCUCGCUGCCCCCUCCUCGCCCAGGAAGAAGCCGCCGAGGACGGGGAGGUUCUUUACUAAGCCCAGCACGCGCUCUUCGCAGCGCUGGGCAUUCUUUCGCUUCCGGCUUCCUUGGUUGCGGGGAGUGGCCCCGCCCCCCGCCUCGGAUCCUGAUUGCUUCCUUAUUUUCUCACAUGCGCGCACAUACACUGGCACAGCCCGUGGGUGCUCUGCCGAGGCUGAGGGAAGGCCUUAUGGGCCUCGGGCAAUCCUUAGAAGGAGCCAGAACUCUGGGGAGUGGGGAGAGGUCCAGGGCUCCCCGGCUGGCCUCUGGCCCUUCCUCUGCUAGCCUUAAGGGGGAGAAGGCCCGAAUGGCCGAUAGUGUUGUCCUGGCGAGCAGCUUUGCCCAGCGUCUCCCUUCCCAGGAGGCCAAAGAGGAGCCUCCAGGGGGUGAUUUUCAUUCUCCCGCCCCCCCAGGCCCCUUUGUCCCUUCUGCGGCUGCUGGGCCUCUAGGCCGGGGUCUCCACUCAGAAAAUCGCCUCCUCCACUCCCUCCCCCUCCCUAGGCGUAAAAUCCAGCAGGACCAGCCCUUCAAGAGCCAUCUGUAGCCUCCUGCCGCGCGGGCCCUUCUUCACAUUGAGUAGCAUGAGGGGUUGGCCCAGGCCCUGCGCCCCUCCGUCCUCGGCCUGCCUCAGCCGGCCACAGGGGCUCUGCUAGCCGGGGAGAGGCCAGAGCACGCAGGCCCCCUCCUCCGGCGAGGCCCACUCCCAGAACCUUCGCUCGGUGGCCCUUCCUUCCCCUGAGCCGAGGAGCCUGCGAAAGGGAAGGGCCGUCUCCUGCCUUCCACUAUCCUGGGGGAUACCUCUAGAGCGGCUUCAGCCUCUAAGACCAUAACAUACCCAGAGACGAGGAGCGCCUGACGGGUAGGAGCCCAGCGUCAGCUCAGGCCCUGCCCCCGAAAGUCUGUCCAUCCUUGGGGCGGGGGCUCUCUCAGGCCUGUUGGGCCAGAGCUGGGAGCCCCCACGGAUGACCAACAGCCAGCAUAAGCCUCCGUCUCCCUGCCCUUUCCGAUGUCCGAAGGCCUCUCUGGGGCCUGUCCUCUCCCCCAAAGCCAGAGCUGUAUCCCUGGCUCUUGAGAGGGGGAAAAGCUGGGGUCCCCUUGGCCAUCGGCCUCUCCCUCGGACCCGGGACUCCCUUCCCUCCGCCAGCUUCCCCAGCCCCAGACACGUGGCAUUCAUCAAGCAAUUACUUGAACUCAGAGGCCACUUGAAUGAGCCUUAAUAGAAAGAGAAAAUAAUAACCAUGUUUUAGUUUCUUAUUUAAAGUGUUUUUUGCACUCAGGCUGUUUUAGUCCAGUUAAUUUGGCAGUGAUGGGGGGAUCCCUUUUUGGAGAGGGGUUAGGUUGCAGGGGACCCCUCCCCCCAUCUCCCCUCCCCACCCUCUGGCCCCCUCGAAGGUACCCAGUCCCAGAUCCCCCUGGAUGGUGAUGGGUGACUCUGCCUGGCUUGGGGACACGUGUGGUCCAGGGAUCAGGAAGGAGGAGGUGAGGGCGGGAGGGAGUCACCAAAGAGAAGAAAUAAUGGGCCCUGAAAGAUGGCGACCUCGUCGCCUCCUGGGUUUAUUAUUCAUCCUUCAGGACGCUGGCUUUCUCCCCUGGAAACAUCUUGAAACUGGAUGAAACCACCGAAGGGAAAUGGAAAGAGUCUGGAGGAGGGUCCCAGGCCCCCAGCUCUUCCCGAUGCCCUUCUUGCCAAGGCCAGUAGAGUUGCACUGUUCCCCAGAAACACAACGGAGCCCCCUUUGCCCUGAUGAUUCUUGUCCAGGCGGCCCAUGGGAGAGUCCGAGGGAAUAGCCUCCCCCGUCAUCUUACCCGUAUCCCAUCCUCCCCCUGAACCUGCUGGAGGGAGCUUUUCGGGGCUCCUUUAGGCAAGGGAUGGAGAGGAGAAUGGCUUAGAGGGAGGAGGAAGAGGAGGACACAGAGCUAUACAUCGGGGACCCCCCCCAUGCCCAACCCCCUCUUAAAAAUGACUAUGUUUGCUUUUGCACAAAACUCUAACCAAAAGUUGUCGAUUCCUUGCUGGUUCCUCGGAUGCCUGGGUCAACCCAAAUCUUCUCCCUUUCCCGCUUUUCCUUGGACUUUCCCAGAUGUUCCUCCCUACUGUGUGGCAUGAGUCCGUCCAUCCGUCUAUCUCGAUGACCCAUCAGAAUGCGUUGUGUUCCCCCAGACAUCACCCCGUUGGACACGCAUAUAAAUACCUGUGUUUUAUGUUGAUAGAUAUAUAUAUAUAUAUGCUGUAAAUAGCGUAUAUACCUGAGCAAUAUAUAUAUAUAUAUAUAUAUGUUAAUAUAUACCGUGAGUGUGUGAGUGCGUACAUGCACGGACAGACACAUCCCGGUUCUCGAGGCAUGCGAGUGCCCUCGGGAUGCUGCUGCCAUGGCAACCGUCUCCUGGUCCACGUGCUGGGCAUGUGCGGCGUAGUUACGCACACACACAGUCACCCUAUAUUUUUAAUUCAAAUAUAUGGGCAAUACAACUAUUUAGAUAAGCCGUACGGAUUUUUCAAACCUGAUGUCAAACAACCAGCAGCCACAGUUCGCCUGGGGUCAGAGUCGGGGCUUGGAGGACCCCCGACACAGAGCCGGAGCGGCUCUCUGACCCCAUCUAUUUUGUCUUGUAGCCACUGGGCUCUCCACCCUCUGUCCUACUGUCCCCUCCUGGUCUUUCAGACAGACUCGUGACAAAAUGGGGGCCAGACUAGCCCCCCUGCUCUGGUGUGCUUGAAUUUGGGGAAGGGGCCCCCUCAGGGAAUGGGUUUGGCUUUUAAUAACGUCGCUGCCCCCUCUCCCCUGUGGGCUUUGGGGGGCACCCGUGACGGGGCAUCCCAGAGCAGUCAUCUUAGUUCUGAUGUGGGAAGUUUGGAAAUGGGGCGGCCUUUCCUUCCCUUGUCUCUCCCACAAAUCGCCCUUGGCAACUGACCUAAGGACAGGUUUUUCUCCGUUUUCCUUUUUAAUAUUCUUAUUGUGAUUAGACGAAUCCUUUUCAGGAAAGGAUCCCCUUGAUGGACUGAGUCAGGGGAACAGUGACAACGGCGCAGGGGGUCCCCAGUCUGGAUUUGGGGCCGGCACUGUCCAGCCCAUGACCCCAAGGAGUCCAAGGAGACCCUGGGCGCUUUUAUUUCACCUUUGCUUGAAAAGGGUGCUGUGGUUGGGGGUUGUUUUGGGGAGGGGGGUGCAGGGGGUUGUGAGUGUGUAUGAAUCACGUAGCUUCUAAAUAGUUUAAUCUUUAUUGUUCUUCCAGACAAGAUGUGACUUAGAAGCCCUUGUCUGCUGCCUCUUCUCCUGGCCAUCCGGCCAUGCCCUCACCCGCUGGGGACUUCCCAGAGGCCUCCCGCCUGCUCUAAGGAGAAAUGGGGAAUGGGGGCAUUUUCUGUUUUUUUGGUGGUGUUAUUGGAGGGCCUGAAUUAGGCAGGCAGGGCAUUCCCAUCUCCUCUGUUCCUCACCCAUCAUCCCCCAUUCAGUCAUCUUCUCCCUCCUCAUCUUUUGGCGAGCCCCUCCAAAGGGUUGGGGCGAUGAGAUCCUGAACGUACUUCUUCUCACUAAGAACCCUAGCAGACUGAGUGGAGGGAGGGGAGGGUGGGUGGGCCAAGGUGGCCCGAUCUGAAUGAAGGGAGCCCCACAAGGCAUCCUGCUCUGGCCCCAGCCUGGAAAGAGAGGAGGCACCCGUAUGUCAGCCCUCUCGCUCUUUACACACUAAGGGAUGAUGCCAGCAGAGCUGCUCUACCAAGCUCUGUGUAUUUGGAACAGGGAAGAGGAGGAGGCCAAAGCAGGGUGGAUCGCUAGUGGGAAUUGUCUCUCCUUGGGAUGGAAGGCUUGCGUUCUUGCCCUCUCCCUCUCCCGCCCCUCCCCGAGCCCCCCAAGCAUCCUGCCCUCAAAAUAAUUGUCCCUUUUAGGGCUGCACACAUUUCUACCUCCUUAGCUUCUCCCAUCACUCCACUCCAUGGCCCCCAGUGCCAUUCAGAGGACAUUGUCUUGAGUUCCACCAGAGUCCUCAAGGAAGCUGAAUUCUGGACUGCACGGGGGUCCAUCUGGUCAUUUCUUUAGUCUGGAUGCCAGUGGAGGUCCCUGAGGCCUCCCUAGCAUUAGAAGGACCCUUGGAGCAAGUAGGUAGGAGUGGGUAGGAUCACCUCUGAAAACUUGGUCAAACACACACACCCUUCCCCUUGGGUUGGCUGGGUAGUGAGGAGGGAAUAACCUCGAGGCAACGUCAUGAUUGGAGCAAACCCUUCAGUCCCUGGAGGUCUAAGAGGCCAUAGGGCAGGGUGGGAGCUGUUGGGAGAGACCAAUGAACUGAAUGAUUUAUGCCAUGAUUUCUUCAUUUAAGCAUCCUCAGCUAGGCUAACUCAACAGCCACCCUGCCCUAAGCAGGCUGGUAGGCUUCCCAGUGGAGUCAUUUCCUUGAGUCUCUAGGCAGAAGGAAAAGGUGUUGAUGAAACUGGGUGGCCUUCCAAAGGACUGCAGAGACCCUGGAGAAAUUUGACCAAGACUUAGGUAGGGUGGUACCCUUCUCUCCUGGAAGUUUCAGGCUGCCCCUUGGGAGUGGGCAGAGGAAAGAGGGCUCCCUGGUUGGAUAUCCGUCCUCCUGGCCUACCACUGGAAGCUGGGGCACAUCAAGCCAAGUCCCACCCGGUUGGUUUUUACUUUUCUCUGUGCCCCUCGUGGACCACUGGCCUGGCACCUUUUCCUUGUUUUAAGCAUCGGGCUGGUUAGAAAGGGCAAGAUCAGGCCACUGCCCUUAAUAAAAGGCUGUGAGAAGAGGUGGGAAGUUUUCCUGCCCUUCUCAACCACCUUUAAAAGGCUUAUGUUUGAGGGGUGAGAGGCUUGAAGAAGAGGGACCCAUGGGUCCAAGCCAGGCCAAAACCCACGAGAGAAAGAACUUGACUGUCCCAAGCGUUGAAAUGUUGCCUUCUGUUGGCAAUGCUAUAGCUAUUAAUUUUCCUUUUUUAAACCUCACUUCCUUCAGUAAGCUGCUAAAAUGUGUCCAUUUUCAUGCAGCCACCUUGCUAUUAUCUGCUAGUUGAAGCCGGUUCUAUGAAGGCCAAAUGUCAUCAAAGGCCCCCGUGCAUGGUGGGACCCACCUUCUGCUCGGCCCUAGACCUAGCUGCUGGGGGGUUUGGUGAUCUGGCAAAUCUUUAGCUCCCUUUUCUCGUGCUUUUCCACCUAAUUUCUUUGAGGAAGGGAGAAAGUUUGAGCAUUAUAUGGUCGCUUCCUUGACCUUCUGGAUGAGUUGAAUGGAAGCAUGCCACCUCCUUCAGCCAGCUACCAUGCAACCAUUCUAUAGACUUGAAUCGUUGGACCAGGUCAGGCAAGCCUCUGUUCAGUGGAGGAAGACAGGAAGUCACUUUCAUAGUGCCACCAAGGAUGGAGAAGGGGGAAUGCCAAUUCCUGGGAACAGGAAAACACCCCUUAGGCAGUGAGAUCAGGCCUGGCAGGCUGCCUUGUUGAUCCCUUUUUGUGGUCUGCUUUAAGAAUAUUAGUGCCUGUGAAGGCGCCAUUUUUACUUUUAGGCUGGAUACCAUUCAGUGGUUUGACCCUAAAGUCAAUAAAACAGAGUUGCCAUUCUGAGGAGCAAAGGGCAACCCAAAGGUGAGAUGAUGGGCCACUUGGUGAGCAGUGCUUGCUGGGAAGCAUGGAAUUCUAUCAAGAAGUUAAGACCACCAGUAUUACUGUUUUUCAGAAGGUGUUUGUUUGGGCCUCUGGAUUGGGAGCAGAGACAAAGAGGUCAAGACUGGAGAAGGCCCAAGAUUGCUGCCUGCUUGGAUGGCUUUCUAGGGUAGUCAUCCGGAUUGGAAGCCAGGGUCUAGCUGGAUAGCCAUUUGAAAUGUAGUCCCCUCUCCUCCCUCCUCCCCUUCACUCCAGACACUGGACAAAAUGGCUUCUGCGAUUGGGAUUGUUUUCCGAGGGAAAGAGUAAUGUCUUGUGCUGUGGUCUGUGUGUGGAUGUGAGCUUUUGUUUCUGUUGUAGCGGGCUGGGCCUGCCUCUCUCCCUGCUAGACCUCAGGUCCUUCUCAUCCAGAAGCCAGUCUCAAGUCUGGACUGUCCCCAUCUCUUCCUAAUUAUCCUUAAGUUGAUAACAACAAAAAGACAAAUUGAAUGUCUCCUUCCACCUUCCCAGGGAAUCUUACUAAGUGGAGCCAUUGACUUGGCCUUCAACCCAUUUCCUAUUUAUCUAUAAAUAUCUCUAUAUCUAUAUAUCUAUAUAGUGGAUGUGAGACUGCAGCAUCUUCUGUGGUUUGUUGUCUGCCAGAGUGGUGUCAGUGCUGUGGGCUACUGUGGAGGGACUCUGUGAUGGGUAGAGGCCGGAGGCCAGAAGCAUGCAUGUUCUUGGGAGGAUCUUGCUUUAUGAUGCCCUUUCCUGACCUGGAGUAUUGGGCCCUAGAGUCCUCUGGGGACCAGGAAGGCUUGGGAUAGACCAGACUCAAGAGGAAGGACCCGUCUCUAGCCAAGUGUCUGCAGUGUGAGGGACAGAAAGGGGUUGGGGAAAGCUGGAGCUCGCACUUAAUGGCCUGGAUGAAGACCAGGCCAGGCACCCGGGCUUCUCUGCCUUCCAGAGUGGGUUUUCCCAAGUUGUCCUACCUGGUUUUCUUGACUUCUAGAAUGUUUCGUAUCAGACCAGAAGCAAUGUGAAGGUUAAGAGCUGGUACCUGAGACAGCCUGGAUUCUACAUUGAGGUCAUGGGGAUGAGAUCAACUUGGUGGGCCAUCCAGAAUGCCGUUGUGGUUCCAUAGCAUUGGCAUCAGUUCCGGGACCCUGUGGAAAGCCCCUGGGCACGUGCUGGGUUCCUUUCUCAGCCUGGGCUAUGAUUUAGAUUGAGGGCUAUCAGAAAAUGGCUUGGCUGAUGGACAGAUGAACUAAGAACGCACCAGUUAGAGGGGGGGAGAAAUGGGUCCUCUUAACCAACAGGAGCAGGAUGGGCAGAGAGGGAAGGAAGAACCAACGCCUGCCCUCUUAGAAUUGGGGGGACCACAGAUGUGUUCUCUGGAAGUCUUCAACAGUCAGGGAGGGUCAUCUGGUGAACAUUUGCCUUCUGGGAGUGGCCAAAAGGAUGGUUUAUUAUCUGUAUGGAUGAAUGUGUGUGUGUGUGUGAGAGAGAGAGAAAGAAGGAGGGAGAGAGGGAGGGAGAGAGAGAGGAGAGACCAUGUGUGCUAUGUGUAUGUGAGAGAUGGAGGGGAAGGGAGAGACCAUGUGUGUUUAGAGACAGUGUGUUGCUCUAAAAACUGGCUAAGAUACCCAGUCCAUUCAGUAUUGAGGGACAGACCUCCUGGUUAGAUGUUUGCUUGUAGAUUGUUUACAGAAUGAGUGGCUGGUGGUUUCUCAGGAUCCCUCUGUGCUUAGCUCAGGAGGGCUCCCCCUACAGAGUCCACAAGCCCCCCACCUUGUCCAUCCACUGCCCCUGGGAUGUUCUGCACAUUGUGUGUGGUGUGUGCACCCCUUCUACCUCUGUGAGGGAUGCACUUUUUUUUUUUCUAAACAAGUACUGUAGCAGGGCCAGAAAGGACACGGGAGAGGGACUAGGCAAGUCCAAGGAAGGAGGAGAUAGUGGGACAACAUCCUUGGGAGCACUAGCCCCGGUGGGUGGUGUUCCCUCGUCCCUCCUUCAGAAGCCCCCAUUUUAGAGACUUGGGGCCCUCAGAGAAUGGGCACUCUGUCCCCUCCUCCAAUUAUGGUGCCUGUCCAUCCCCAGAGGCCAUCCCCUCCCACCCCCCAGGUGGAGAGCUUGGACUUCCUUCAAGAUGUCCAUCCCAUCCUUCAGUCCCAAACGACCAUAGCUUCUUUCUUCUGGUAGCUCAGGCCAAUGAGGUAUUUUCUUUUUCCAUCACCCCUCUUUCCACCAUGUUAGAGUGCGGAGAGGCAAGCCCAUGAGGACGUGGUUGGAGGAAGAGGGAAUAACUGACUUCCCUCAUUUCGUGAUGUCACUUGGCAUGGGUGGAUGAGGGAUUGGGGGCCAGUUUUGCCUGAUCCUCCUCCUUUCCUCACCCCAAGGACCCCAGGAGAGCAGCUCCUCCACCCCUUCGCCUUGUGGCCACCACGACCCUCUCCAUCUCGCCCAUGCUCUGAGAGUGAUCUCAGUAGAACCCGGGAUGGAGAGAUAAGCAUGUGCUAGGCUGGAGGCCAUCACAAGACAUGGGAAGGGUAAUUGAGUAUUUGGGGAAGCAGCAUGGAUAGAGGGUGAUGAUGCCCUCUUAUUUGUAAGGCACUGGGGCCUUCCUGGGUCUGGAGGGGUCCAGAAAGGACUAGACGCUUUGCCAUUCCCCUGAAGUGAUGUAGAGCGAGGGAAUGAGUGGCAGGACGGUCCUGUUGGCUGGGGGCUCUCUCUAUUCUCAGGCUCAUGCCCAGCCACCCCCAUUCUUUCAUGUACUGUCCCCUUCUGAAAGUCUGAAGACAUGCCAGCCCAGAGCACUUGGUGAGGGCCAUCCCUGAGUCACCCAAACAGCUACACCACCAGCAUCAGCCGCUCUGGAACACCUCGGCCUUGUGGUUGGGUUGGAGGGGAAGGUUGGUGGGUCUGGGAGUGGGGAAGUCAUGCGGCGGCUUCCGGGCUCCCUCUCCUUCCUCCGGUGUCCUCCCGUUUCUUUGGGGGUCUUGGACAGAAGAGAAACAAACACCCUGGAGAUUCAUGUACUGUACAAUGGAGAAAGAGGAAAAAUACCUAAUGUCCCCAAACAAAUGACAGUAUAUUUUGUACUUUGUAAAGUGUUCAUUAAAACAGGAAAAAAAAACUGUCUGCCUUUGUACCCACCAAAUGGAUUCAAAUAAAGCUGCGUGGCAGUGUU